AACCUACUCUUAACUUUUCUAUUCUAACCUAUAAUAUGCAAACACGAAACGGAAAGUAACGUCGUAUCAGAUCUUAUAAAAUAAUCACACGUCAGCCUUAGCUAAUAGUAAUAAGUUACGGUAAAGUGCACAGUGGCAGAGUGUGAAACGCAUUUGAAAACAUAAGAAAAUGUCAGACGUGAGAGACUGGUUUAACUCAUUACCAAUAUUUACGAGAUAUUGGUUAUUGUUUACGGUUAGUUUGUCAUUAAUCGGUAGAUUUGGUUUUAUACAUUCAUCUACACUCGUAUUAUCCUAUGAUCGAUUUAUAAACAAUUUUGAAAUUUGGAGGCCAAUUACCAGUGUCCUUUAUUAUCCUACGAAUCCACCAGCAGGAUUUCAUUUUUUAAUUAAUUUGUAUUUCCUCUAUAAUUACUCAUUGAGAUUGGAACGUGGUGAAUAUGAUGGAAGACCAGCAGAUUAUUGUUAUAUGCUAUUGUUCAAUUGGUUAUGCUGCGUUAUAUUAGGAUUCAUUAAUGGCUUCCCAUUGCUCAUGGAUCCUAUGGUAUUAAGCGUAUUGUAUGUAUGGUGUCAACUAAACAAAGAUGCUAUUGUUAAUUUUUGGUUUGGUACAAGAUUUAAAGCUAUGUAUUUGCCGUGGGUAUUAUUUGGAUUUAAUAUGAUCGUUUCUGGAAGUGGCAUGAUGGAGCUCUAUGGUAUAUUAAUUGGUCAUAUCUAUGUAUUUCUUAAAUUUAAAUAUCCUCAAGAACUUGGAGGCAGAGAAUGGCUUGUUACUCCUAAAAUUUUGGAAACAUAUUUUCCUCCUCAAAGAGGUGGAAUUCGAUGGUUUGGCAAUGCACCCACGGAAAGACCUGGUAGGCAACAACAAGCUAGAAAUGUAUUCGGUGGUCACUAUUGGGGAAGAGGACAUGUAUUGGGAGAGUAGUUUUACAUAUUUAAAAUAUAGGGAAGGUAUCACUUUAAUGUUAUCAAAGUUAUUAUCAAAUCAGUGAUUCAAUUUAUCGUCAUCUGUACAUCUUUGAAUGUUAUUGUAUAAUACACAUACAUAAAUUAAACAAAUAAAGAUUGCAAUCGGAAACAGAGAGAUAAAGAUAUAAUUAAAAAGUGAAAAGAUAUAUCUAAAAUAUAGUUAUAGAUAUUAUAGUCAGUUACAAUUUCAACAAUAGCAAUUGAUUUGUUAAACUUAACAUUGAUAACUAUUUAUCUUUUUAGAUAACUAGAUAUAUCCAAAUGUUUUUGUAAUGUACUUUUAUAAUUUAAAAAUAAGUAUUUGAUAAUAAUUCAACAAUAUAUAUUUACCUUACUUUAUAAAUGUAAUUAUUUUCUGUAUAUUUCCAUAAAUAAUUUAAUAAUAAAUGGCGAUAGAGAAAAAAAGUCAAAUGGAAAAAAAGAAUUAUGAUUUUACAAUUAAUGUUUAGCAUAUAAAAUUUUAACUGUAUAUAAAGAAAUAAAAAUUUAAUAAUUUCUUUUACUAAUUAAAAUUAGUAAUGAGCUUUUCUGUACAGAAAUAUCACGAUACAAGAAAAUAAAAAGGAUGUAGCUAUGUUUUUUAAAAGAAAUAGGACAACUAUGGAAAUAAAUGUCUAAUACAUAAAGAAA